AUGUCGCGGGUUCUAUUCCUCCUCGCCGCUCUCGCCGUCACGGUGUCUGCCAUCGCGCCAGUACCAACAACGCCGCACUUUCCGUGCUACGAGUGUGCUACGAACGGCAGCUGCGCCCACGCAAGCUGGACUGGCGACGCUGGCAAAUACUGCGGCACGUUUUCCAGCAAGACCACGCUCGUGCCGCAGUGGUGCUGCUGCGCCGUGGCCCAAGCGUGUCCGGUUGCCGGUCGGGAUACGCUGUGUGCUUGCUAUGGACCGACACCGGCGCACCCAACACCCGUGGCCGACUCGAGACUUCGGAUCUUCUUCGGGCUCCUUUUCGGACCGGGCGUCAUCUUCAUUCUCUACACGCUGUCGACGACGCCGACGCCGAAGCUUGUGCUGCCGAAGCCGAAGCUCGCGCAUCUGCGGCGGCCGCUGAAACGCGACGGCUCGAGGCCAGCCGCGAAUACAACCCGCGUCGGCUUGCGCAAGAAAAUAAGGCGCGUCGGGUCGCGCGCGAGGAAGAAGCGCGGCAGCGAGAUUUCGAUCAAUAUCCGCAAGCCAUCCUGGUCUCGACGAUUCCGACUUCCACCAAAGACGUGA